GAAAUAAUUAUUGGAAAAAAAAAGGGAGAAGAAGAAGAGGGUUUUGUGCCCAGAACCCUAUUUUUGCUGUCGGAGCCUCAAGCUCUGUCUCUGGUCUUAACAUUCUAAUCGGUCGAACGAAACAGGGGUUCUGUUCUGCGCCGACGAUUUGUGUUUGACAUUGUUGAGAUGGCCGCCGCUGUGGACAUCACUGCUGCUGAGUUCUUGCAGGGUUCUUCCAGACAAACUCUGUUUCUGCAGCGAAACUCGGCAGUGAAGAGAAGCCAAUUGCUAUGGGCUUCGGUUAGAAACCGAUCUUCUCGGCUGUCUCUGUCUGGUGCGAAGGCUGUCCCAUUGAGGUGUUCUGCUCAGUCUAAGCCUAGAGCUGUUGUUUCGAGUGGUUCGAUUACUUCUGCUGAUGAGCUACCGAGCUUGAUUGAGAAGCCUGCUGCUGAGGUUAUCCAUUUCUAUCGCGUUCCCCUGAUUCAAGAAAGCGCAAACUCCGAGCUUUUGAAGGCUGUUCAGACCAAAAUCUCGAACCAGAUCGUUGGGUUGAGAACUGAACAGUGUUUCAAUAUUGGGCUUGAGUCAGAAAUUCAGGGUGACAAAUUAAUGGUUCUUCAAUGGCUUCUUCAAGAAACAUAUGAGCCGGAAAACUUAGGUACCGACAGUUUUCUCGAGAAGACGAAGCAAGAAAGGCCGAAUGCUGUAAUUGUUGAAGUGGGUCCGAGGCUGUCUUUCACAACAGCGUGGUCGACAAAUGCUGUUUCUAUCUGUAGAGCGUGCGGGCUGAAUGAGGUAACUCGCUUGGAAAGGUCAAGGAGGUAUCUUCUGUUCAGCGAGGGCACAUUAUCGGAAGAUCAGAUAAACGAAUUUGCUGCUAUGGUUCAUGAUCGAAUGACUGAGUGUGUAUACCCUCAAAAGCUGAUGUCUUUUGAGACAAAUGUGGUGCCAGAGGAGGUAAAGUUUGUACCCGUGAUGGAGAAGGGUAGGAAAGCUCUUGAGGAAAUUAACCAGGAGAUGGGUUUAGCCUUUGACGAGCAAGAUUUGCAGUAUUAUACAAAACUUUUCCGGGAGGAUAUCAAGAGAGAUCCGUCAAAUGUAGAGCUCUUUGAUAUUGCUCAAUCCAACAGCGAGCAUAGUCGGCACUGGUUCUUCACAGGGAAGAUCGUGAUUGAUGGAAAACCUGUGGAUAAGACUCUUAUGCAGAUUGUAAAGAGCACCUGGCAGGCAAAUCGGAAUAACUCUGUUAUCGGGUUUAAGGACAACUCCAGUGCUAUUAGAGGCUUUCUGGUUAACCAGCUACGACCAGUUUUGCCCGGUUCUGCAUGUCUAUUGGAUGUGAGUGCACGCGAACUCGACAUAUUGUUUACAGCCGAGACCCACAAUUUUCCAUGUGCGGUGGCUCCCUAUCCUGGCGCAGAGACAGGUGCCGGUGGCCGGAUUAGGGAUACCCAUGCAACAGGAAGAGGUUCUUAUGUUGUUGCAUCCACAUCUGGUUAUUGUGUUGGGAACCUCAAUAUUGAGGGAUCUUAUGCUCCAUGGGAAGACCCUUCUUUCAAAUAUCCCUCGAACUUGGCAUCACCUUUACAAAUACUUAUCGACGCUAGCAAUGGUGCAUCUGACUAUGGGAACAAAUUUGGUGAGCCCAUGAUUCAGGGUUACACUAGAACAUUUGGAAUGAGACUUCCUAGUGGGGAUAGACGAGAAUGGUUAAAACCCAUCAUGUUCAGCGCUGGGAUUGGACAGAUUGAUCAUAAUCAUAUAACUAAAGAGGAGCCGGAGAUUGGGAUGCUCGUUGUAAAGAUUGGUGGACCUGCAUACCGCAUUGGCAUGGGAGGAGGGGCUGCUUCGAGUAUGGUAAGCGGUCAGAACGAUGCAGAGCUUGAUUUCAACGCUGUACAGCGUGGAGAUGCUGAGAUGUCCCAGAAAUUGUACCGUGUUGUCCGUGCUUGUGUCGAGAUGGGUGAGAAGAAUCCGAUUGUUAGCAUUCAUGACCAGGGAGCUGGAGGAAACUGUAACGUUGUUAAGGAGAUCAUUUAUCCAAAGGGCGCCGAGAUUGACAUUCGGGCAGUUGUUGUGGGUGACCAUACCAUGUCUAUUUUGGAGAUAUGGGGUGCAGAAUAUCAAGAGCAAGAUGCUAUUCUGGUGAAAGCUGAAAGUCGGGAGCUUUUGCAAUCUAUCUGUGACAGAGAAAGGCUUUCCAUGGCUGUUAUCGGAACAAUCAAUGGAGGUGGUCGUGUUACUUUAGUUGAUAGCAAGGCUGUUGAGAAGUGUCGCAAAGAAGGAUUGCCUCUUCCUGCUCCUGCUGUUGAUCUUGAGCUCGAGAAAGUGCUGGGUGAUAUGCCUAAGAAGACAUUUGAAUUCAACCGUAUUGUUCAUGCACGAGAGCCUCUAGAUAUUGCUCCUGGGAUCACAUUGAUGGAUUCUUUGAAAAGGGUUCUGAGAUUGCCAUCCAUUGGUUCAAAGCGGUUCUUGACGACCAAAGUGGAUAGAUGUGUGACAGGUCUUAUUGCUCAGCAGCAAACUGUUGGUCCGUUGCAGAUCACUCUUGCUGAUGUUGGGGUCAUAGCACAGACACAUACUGACCUGACUGGAGGUGCAACUGCCAUUGGCGAGCAACCGAUAAAAGGUAUGCUCGAUCCAAAAGCCAUGGCUAAAAUAACUGUUGGAGAAGCUUUGACAAAUCUGGUCUGGGCAAAGGUUACUAGUCUUUCUGAUGUUAAAGCCAGUGGUAACUGGAUGUAUGCUGCCAAGCUUGAAGGGGAAGGAGCGGCAAUGUAUGAUGCUGCCACUGCUCUGGCUGAAGCUAUGAUUGAGCUCGGGAUUGCUAUUGAUGGUGGAAAGGACAGUCUCUCGAUGGCUGCUCAUGCAGAUGGUGAGGUUGUUAAAGCACCGGGAAAUCUCGUUAUCAGUGCCUAUGUCACUUGUCCAGACAUAACCAAAACAGUCACUCCAGAUCUGAAACUAGGAGAUGAAGGUGUUCUGGUGCAUGUGGAUUUGGCCAAGGGAAAGCGAAGAUUGGGUGGGUCUGCACUUGCUCAGGCUUUUGGACAGAUUGGAGAUGACUGCCCUGAUCUUGACGAUGUUCUGUAUCUCAAAAAUGCCUUCGAUGGAAUUCAAUCUCUCAUCUCGGAUGAUUUGAUAUCUGCGGGGCAUGAUGUAAGCGAUGGUGGGCUGCUGGUUUCAGCCAUGGAAAUGGCUUUUGCUGGAAACAGAGGUAUCACCCUCGACUUAGCUUCUAGAGGAAACAGCCUCUUCGAGACUCUAUUUGCAGAAGAGCUCGGUCUUGUGAUGGAGAUCAGCAAGUCCAACUUGGAUACUGUUCUGGAGAAGCUCAACAGUUUCGGUGUUACUGGUGAGCUUGUUGGACAAGUUAGUGACUCACCUUCGAUAGAGAUUAAGGUUGACGGAUUGACUCAUCUAAACGAGAAGACAUCAGUUCUCCGGGACAUGUGGGAGGAGACCAGUUUUCAGUUGGAGAAGUUUCAACGUCUGGCAUCAUGUGUAGAGCAGGAGAAAGAAGGUCUCAAAUCAAGACAUGAACCCAAAUGGAACCUCACUUUCACACCAUCAUGGACAGACAAGAAACAUCUGUCUCAGGUUGCCAAACCAAGAGUAGCUGUAAUACGUGAAGAAGGUAGCAACGGGGAUAGGGAAAUGUCAGCAGCGCUCAUUGCAGCGGGAUUUGAACCGUGGGAUGUGGCAAUGUCUGAUCUUCUUAGUGGAGCUAUCACCUUGGAUCAGUUUCAAGGAAUCGUUUUUGUCGGAGGAUUCAGCUAUGCUGAUGUGCUUGACUCAGCAAAAGGAUGGGCUGCUUCCAUACGUUUCAACCAGCCUCUUCUGGAUCAAUUUCAGGAGUUUUACAAAAGACCCAAUACCUUCAGCCUCGGGGUCUGCAACGGGUGUCAGCUAAUGGCUUUGCUGGGAUGGGUUCCGGGCCCUCAAGUUGGGGGGUCUCUUGGCUCGGGUGGAGACACCUCACAGCCGAGGUUCAUUCAUAACGAGUCAGGCAGGUUCGAGUGCCGGUUCACAAGUGUGACCAUAAAGGAUUCGCCCGCCAUAAUGCUGAAAGGCAUGGAGGGAAGCACUUUGGGCGUAUGGGCAGCUCACGGAGAGGGACGUGCCUAUUUCCCCGAUGAGGGAGUCUUGGACAGGAUGCUCCACUCCGAUCUUGCUCCUUUGAGGUAUUGUGAUGAUGACGGGCAUAUUACAGAGGCUUACCCGUUUAACCUCAACGGCUCUCCAAUGGGAAUUGCUGCCAUAUGUUCCCCCGACGGUAGGCAUCUUGCAAUGAUGCCUCACCCGGAACGCUGCUUCUUGAUGUGGCAGUUCCCGUGGUACCCGAAGCAAUGGAACGUUGACAAGGCCGGUCCAAGCCCGUGGCUGAAGAUGUUCCAAAACGCGAGAGAGUGGUGUUCUCAGCAACAAUAGGGACUCGGGAGAGAGUUUUUGAGCUUUCAAAGUCAAGAAUGGGAAUUCAGGAUCUGUGCUGAGUUUUGGUCUGAACAAAUUUGGUUUUCAGAUUUUUUUUUUCCCUUUUGUUUUGCGAUCUCAAAGUGGAAACACUUAGAAAUAUCUUUUAGUUUCUGCUGCUUCUGUUGUGGUUUGUUCUUUUUUCUUCAAAGCUUCUUCUCAUGGAGAGAAAAAAAAAGCAUCUUGAUAAAAGAUCUGUGAGACAGAAGAAGAACAUGAACAUCAUAAAGGGAAUAAAAAGAAAGAAAGCAGUGCUGUACUUUUGCCUUUUUGCAAUCUGUGGUUUGAUU